UUAAUCCUCUGAAGAUUUUUUUUUUUUUAAGGUUGGAAGUAAAUAACUAUAUCAUCCUGGAAAGAGUAAGGGCUGCAAGAGUUGCGCGUGGAUUUUGACAGUGCUCUCUUCCCUUAUAAUGUCAGUUGGAAAAAUCAGAUCAUUAGUUUUGUUUGGUCCAAGUGGUUGUGGCAAGAGUACUCUUAAGAAAAAGUUGAUGAACGAUUAUCCUGCAAAGUUUGGCUUCUCCAUAUCACACACUACAAGACAUCCACGACCUGGGGAGAUAGGUGGAAAAGAUUACCACUUUACUGAUCAGGAUGUGAUGCAGAAGAGUAUUAAUGCUGGUGAAUUUAUUGAGUCAGCAGUUUACAAUCAAAAUCUUUAUGGAACUAGCAAAAAGGCAGUACAAGAUGUUUUGGAUGAAGGCAAAGUUUGCUUGCUGGACAUAGAUAUGCAGGGCGUGAUUAGUUUGAAGAGAGCAGACAUGGAUUGUUAUUAUCUCUUUGUUAAGACACCUACAUUAGAGGAACUGGAAAGACGCCUUCGUGCUCGAGGAACAGAGACAGAAGAUUCGCUUUCAAGGAGACUAGCUACAGCGAGGAAGGAACUAGCUUAUGCUGAAGAGCCUGGCAAUUUUGACAGUGUGAUCAUUAAUGAUGAUCUCGAAAAAGCCUACGUCGAUUUAAAGAAUAGGAUUCACAAGGAUGUUGUUUCCCUCUGGUAGCCUGUCUCGUACUGGAUGGUAACAGCACAGAAUUCAAUUUCCAACUGUAUUAUGAUUAUUCAUUUAAAAUUUCGUCACAAUAGUUGCAUCGUAUUAAAGCAGAGAGUUUUUCUUGGCUCUAAAAACUUAAAGAAUUAGUGAAAGUGAAGAAGUCAGGGUCUUAAUAUACAUAGCUAAAUCAUGUCGGAAUAUUUUUCCCGAAAGAUCUAGAGUUAGGCUAGUAAGCUUGGCUUGUAGUUCUCUCUGAAAAACUUAACGUUAUUGCCUCGUAUCUUUGUUUCUUUAUUUGCUGUAUUUUUAAAUAAAAAACUUUAAGUUUGUCGAAUUUUUUUUGCCAAUUGUUUUGCUUGUGAUUUAGACAAGUUUAUUAUUGCUUCUAGAAAAAUGCAAACUGUUCAUCUCGUUAGUGAAAACCAAUGUGCAGUCAACUCCCAUAUAUUAAGGAGGUCUGCUGUCCACAUAAUUGCAACGUUCAUAUAAUGUUAACUGAUAGUAGCAAAUAUGAUUAUGACGAUGUUGAUGAAGAAGAUGAUAGGAAUAAUGAUGAGGCAAUGAUAUAAUGACGAUAAUGGUAACAUUAACAAUAAUAAUAUUACAUGUAAUAACAAUAAUAGCAACAAUCACAUGAUCUCUCUCAGGGCUUCUUUGCGAGUCUUUUCAGCUCCGUUUUGUUCCUCUUGGCAGCUCAUUUUAUACACCUUAACUGUCAGCGUUGCUUUGAUCAAACAGAUAUUUCGUGUAACAAUACGAUGCGUAACAGUCGUUUUAUGCUAAUUGUGGAAAGUUAAAUCGCAAGCUAGUUAAAAUUUAUUGCUUGCACCUAAUUAAACGAGUGAUUAAAUUACUAGUUAUCAUAGUCGAUUAGGAAGUUCAAUUUAAAUUUCAUGAAGUUUUUAGUAUUUACGAUACAAACUUGGCCCUUUUAAAUGUGUGAUUUACUUCUUAUCUUCAGUAGCAGUGGUGGCAAAAGAAUGAUUAUAAAGGUGUGGUUUCAGUCCGGUAGGUUAGGUCAUUCCAAUAAUAAUUCGUGGAUGCGGUGUAGUUUUCCUAAGUCGCUAUUCAUUUUAUAGACUUUAAUCUCGUUAACAGUUACAAUAUGGAAACUGACCGCUCUCGAGGAUGAAGGUGACGCUCCAGGAUAUAUAAAGUUAGUCGUGCAACGUAUGUUCGGUUCAAUUUGUUAUCAUUCGGGAUGAUUUGACCGCUUGUGACUGUUGAUUCGGACUCCUUCAUCAUAUCACAGUCAUUCAAAUUUUGUUAUUUUAUGUAAUGUGUAUCAAUUCUUACUAAGCUUAUGGCUAAGUAAGUAAUUUCUCCUCAGUCCUUAAAUAAAUCACCAAACGGUUAUUCA